UUACCCUUUAUUAAACUCACAAAGCGCUUUCCGACAUAUAUAAACCCUCUCUCUAAACCUUGAAUCGGAAAUUAUCCAAUUUCCCCCAAAUUUCAAAACCGUCUUCCCCCCAACUAUCAAAACCCUGCGUCGAUUUCACGCCCCGCCCCGCCCCGCCCCCCACCUCAUCAGAAGAAGCCUAUCUCCGCCGCUGCUACAUCCAUGGCCGGCACCGGUUUUUCAUUCUCCAGUAACUCCGCCGCAUCGUCUUCUUCGUUCUCAUUUGGCUUCUCUAACCCUAGCUCCACCUCCUCCGCCCCUUCUUUCGGCUUCGGUUCGGGAGCAGCUCCGGCCAACACCACCACCGCAUUUGGCGGUUCCAUGUUCGGUUCCUCCGGUACGGCGUCGUCCGCCUCCACGUCGCCGUUCGGCGCCCCCUCUCUAUUCGGUUCCUCCGCGGCUCCGACUUCCAGUCUAUUUGGUUCCUCCUCCGCGGGCGCGGCUCCGAGUUCCGGUUUAUUUGGUUCCUCCUCUGCGGGCGCCGCUCCGACUUCUGGUCUAUUUGGUUCCUCCCCUGCCGCUGGGGCUCCGACUUCUAGUCUAUUUGGAUCGUCUUCGGGUGCGGCUCCGACUUCUAGUCUAUUCGGAUCGUCUUCGAGUGCGGCUCCGACUUCUAGUCUAUUCGGAUCGUCUUCGGGUACGGCUCCCACUCAAAACCUAUUUGGAUCCUCCACCUCUGCUGCACCACCUGCUUCCAACCUUUUCGGAUCCGGCUCAGGUCCUGCUCUCAGCAUGUUUGGGUCAUCUUCCGGCGGAGCUCCUACUUCCAGUUUGUUUGGAUCCUCGUCGGGUGCGGGCCAAACACCCAGCCCAUUCGGCUCCACCCCUUCAACCGUCGCCCCAUCAUCUCCUUCUCCAUCUCCAUUCGCCACCUCAACCCAAUUCGGGUCCCCUGCCCCUGGUUCCUCAAACCUAUUCGGCUCAAAUGCUCCAACCCCAAGCCUCUUCGGUACAUCUUCAGCAGCUUCUGCGAGCGGUACUAGUUCAUCUUUCUUCGGUUCAGGUCCGGCCACACCGUCCAGUCUAUUUGGAUCGACAACACCAGCCUCCACCCCAACCACCACCGCACCGGGGUCGGGUUUGACCCAAAACACAGGUAUAUUCGGAUCAUCAACUUCAGCACCAUCUGCUGCUCCGGCUGCAUCGUUAUUCGGGUCGGGUUCCGCCCCAGUCUCGGGCAUUUUUGGAUCCUCCGCAUCCUCGUCCGCUGCAUCAACUCCGGGUUUUCUGGGGUCUUCCUCACCGUUUGGGGCAUCUUCAGCUGCUCCACUGUUCGGUUCCUCGUCUAGCUCCACAUCAGCAUCUUUUGGAUUCUCCUUGCCCAGCACUACUUCAAGUUCAGCUCCUUCAGCACCCGGAUUCUCAUUCCCCGGUGUCUCAAAUGCAACAACAACUUCUGCCCCUGGAUUUUCGUUUCCCACAUCAUCAGCUUCGUCAGCACCUGCAUUUUCUACGUCUACCGGGUUUUCAUUUCCGAAGAGCACAAGUAGUUCUGCCGCUUCAGUGACUCCAUCACCUGCUUUGUCUUCACCUCUCUCAAGUGCACCCAAUUCGAAAUCGGUGACUUUUGGCACCACACCUUCUGCUCUGUUUUCGACAGUUACAACUACUACAACCAGCAAUGCUUCAGCUCCGUCUGCAGCGGCUGGUACCAAUGCUGUCUCCGGGUUGACCUUUCCGGCUUCUAGCGGUACAUCUUCUACAGUGUCUCCAGCAUUGGGGACCAGUGCAUCUGCUCCAACUUCAAGUUUUACUGGCUUUGGUACAACUACUACAUCUGCAUCAUCCUCUGGAAACACGAGUUCUUUCUCGCUGAACUUGAAAUCACCCACAGCUGCAGCCACCUCAACAGCACAAGCACAAUCAACUGCUGCCCUGCCUUCUUUUGGUACAACUGCGGGUUCCACAAGUGCAGUGACUUCAAGUACUACUUCUGCUGCUCAAACAUCAUCGUCCCUGGUUGUAGCUUCCAGUAGUGGGACUACUUCGAUAACCACUGCAGCUUUAGCCUCUACGCCGAAGUUACCAUCUGAAAUCACUGGGAGAACAGUUGAGGAGAUUAUCAAGGAAUGGAAUGCUGAACUACAGGAGCGUACUGGGAAAUUUCGGAAACAAGCUAAUGCUAUAGCUGAGUGGGAUCGCAGAAUUUUGCAAAACCGUGAUAUUCUUCUCAGGCUUGAGAGCGAAGUUGCAAAAGUGGUCGAGACACAAGGUAGUUUGGAGCGAGAGCUGGAGCUAAUUGAAACUCAUCAAGAUGAGGUUGAUAAAGCUUUGCAAAGUAUAGAGGAAGAAGCCGAACGAAUAUACAGAAAGGAGCGUGGAGUACUUCUUGAAGACGAUGCUGCGUCCACACGAGAUGCAAUGUAUGAACAGUCUGAGUUAAUCGAACGGGAACUGGAGCAGAUGACCGAACAGAUCAAAUCGAUUAUCAAUACUCUUAAUUCCACUCAGGGUGGAGAGCUUGAGGCAACCGAUGCAAUGAAUCCGCUGGAUGUUGUGGUUAGAAUCUUGAACAAUCAAUUGAGUUCGUUGAUGUGGAUCGAUGAGAAGGCUGAAGAAUUCUCUUCGCGUAUUCAGAAGCUUGCAAGCCAAGGUUCUACAGCGGAUCGUGAAUUGACCGGCCCGAAGCUUUGGUUGACCUGAAUUUUCGAGGAUUUUUAACGUUGAUGUCGAGAUGCGUUGUUAUUAGAUUUUUUUAUAUUUUUUUUCCCUUUCUGUUGUGGUUCGAUUUUGUAUGAAUUUGUUUAGGCGGUAUUUCGAUUUAAGGAAGAUGAAAGAGUUAGGAUUUCAAAUGAUUUUAGUCUUGAAAGAUUUGAGAACUGUCUUAAUAGAAUUUUGUAAAAAUA